AUGGCGGAUAAAAAAGAUGGGGAUAAAACGGAGGAGGACAAACGUUUAGAAUUCAUAUACGACUACCUCGCAUAUUCAAGGAAAAUAAAAGCAGACAAAUGGAUGAAGAUGUUGUCGAACUCGGACUUUAAGGGGAUAAUUAACAAGUUCUUCGGCACGCCGUCGGAGAUGAUCCUCACGUUGCAGAUGACGCCGGGUGGCCUUCUGGUUCCGGGGCUAGAGAUUAUACGAACAACGAAGAAGCUCACGUAUUUCAUCAAGAGGAAAUCUGAAAAGAUUACGGAGAAUAAUUUUAGGCAAAUUUUGAUACCCGGGGAUAUGGCGCCGAAUCCUAUAGAGGAAUUGGCGGUGCUUGUGGAAGAUUCACCUUUCCAAUUUUCCUCAAACUCUCCUAAUUUACCAGGCAUACGUCCCAAUCUUAUCAAACCCAAGAAACCACGUAGGUUGGCCGGAAGUGGUACGAAAGGACACAACCAAGCAAGUAUACGACCUUCGCAGCCUAAUAUGGCAGAAACAUUUGAAAAAAAGGUAAAAGGAAAAAUAACGGGACAAUCGUUGCUGCCGCUUCCCAUGGGCAUCGAAGAGAUUCUGCGCGAGGGAUUUGCCUCCCAGCCAGAUAGUUUAAAGCUUCAAUUAAAAAGCAAUAUAGAAGAGAUCGUGACCAAGUGGUCGAGUCAAAUUAAUGAAAUUCUAAACGUAGAAUUCUCCGAGUUUUCCAACGGCGGUGAUCAAUUACCCGAAGCCGAACUUGAUUACUGGAACACGAGAUUAAAGAAUAUGGAGUCGCUCUAUCGUCAAUUAAAGGAUCCGAAGGUUGUGAAGAUGGACGAAUUUUUGUCGGAGACGGAGAGUCCUUAUUCGAAGUACUUCAAGGAUUUGAUCAAGAAUGUAGCUGCGAGUGUGCAAUUUUCUGAUUUUUUGAGGGAAAAUGACGAUGAAGAAAACGAUGAUAUAUCGAAGCACAUAAAUCCGUCCACAUUAUUCGAAGGUGAUAUCGAAGAGAACAAAGUGAAAAUAGAUGAGGCGAUACCUUUUUUGGACUUUUAUCAGGACACGUUUCGAAUGUUCAAAGACAGGAUAGAAACUUAUUUUAAAUCACCGAUCGAACCGGUACCCUGGACAUUUCAUGAAAAAUUAGUGUUGGAACGAGUUCAGAGUUUUCGGGCGAGACUCAGAGAAAUCAAGGUUUACUAUAAUUUUUACGUAAGGGGUUAA